GCUGCUGUCGCCUAUGGCUUUGAAGGCGCUGCCCAGACUGAGUCUGCUGGGGGGCUGGCGAAGAAUGGGGAACAGUACAUCUGCUACCACAGACUUAUCUAACACUGCCACUGCUAACCAGAUAGAGCAAACUAUCUCAGACAACUGUGUAGUGAUCUUCUCGAAAACCACAUGCUCCUACUGCAACAUGGCAAAGAAGCUGUUUGAAGAUAUGAAUGUGAACUACACAGCCAUCGAACUGGACAUGUAUGAGAACGGAAGCCAGUUUCAAGAUAUUCUUCAUCAAAUGACUGGCGGCAGGACAGUUCCAAGAAUAUUUAUCAAUGGAACAUUUGUCGGAGGUGCUACAGACACACAGAGACUUCACCGGGAAGGCAAACUGCUCCCAUUAGUUCACCAGUGUCUCUUGCGAAGAGGGCGAAACUCAGAACAGCCAUGUAGUCUUCCUUGAUUCCCUUGCUUCUGACACAGUUGUGUUGCUGAAGUUUAUUAGACUGUGUAUACUUCGUUAUGAAUUCUUACACCCAGGUACCUUUGGUUUCAGUACUAUUUAUGUGUUCAAAAUAUGUAUGGAAGGUUUUCAACAGCCAGACAAUUUAUCAUGAUCCAGUUCGUCCGAAAUUCACAAUGCACUCUUGCACAUUCUCAAUACAAAAUAAGCUCUGUUGAA